AUGAAGGUUACUUUCAAGGACCUCAAACAACAGAAGUUCACGCUCGAGAUCGAGCCUACCGAGACCAUUUCCAAGGUCAAGGCGAAGAUCUCCGAGGAGAGGGGCUGGGCUCCCGAGCUGCAGAAGCUCAUCUACUCCGGAAAAAUCUUGAAGGAUGAGGAGACCGUAGAGUCCUACAAGAUCGAGGAGAAGGGUUUCGUUGUCUGUGUCGUCAACAAGCCCAAGACUACCGCCCCCAAGCCGGCCGAGUCGUCAUCGUCCGCCGCCGCCCCUGCUACUCCCGCUGCCGCCGCCCCGGCUUCGACACCCGCUCCCCCUGCCGCUCCUGCUGCCUCCACCGCUGCCGCUGCUGCACCCUCGACGCCGACACCCGCUAGAACCGCUGCGGCUCCUGAGGCGGCCCCCGCUGCCGGUGCUCGUGAUGCUAACGCUCUUGCGAUGGGCGAGCAGCGUGCUGAGGCCAUUGCCAACAUGGAGGCCAUGGGCUUCGAGCGCUCCCAAAUCGACGCUGCCAUGCGUGCUGCGUAUUACAACCCCGAGCGCGCCGUCGAGUACCUGCUGAACGGUAUUCCCGCCAACCUUCAACAACAACAGGCUGCCAGCUCUCGUCAGCCUUCUGCCGCCCCGGCUGCUGCUGCUGCUCCCGCCGCCCAGGCCGCUUCGCCCGCUGCUGCUGGUGGUGACGACGACGACCAGGUUAACCUUUUCGACCUCGCCGCGCAGCUUGGCAACAGCGCUGGUGGACGUGGUGCUCGCGGUGCGGAGGGUGCUGGCGCCGAGGCCGCUGGUUUGGGCAACCUCGACUUCCUCCGGAACAACGCCCAGUUCCAGCAAAUGCGUCAGCUCGUACAGGAGCAGCCCCAGAUGCUGGAGCCUAUCCUGCAACAGCUCGGAGCCGGUAACCCUCAACUCGCUCAGAUGAUCGCUCAGAAUUCCGACCAGUUCCUUAGCCUCCUCGGCGAGGGUGGCGAGGGCGGCAGUGUCGGUAUUGCCGUCACGGAGGAAGAGCGCGAUGCCAUUGAGCGUCUUACCCGCCUGGGUUUCCCCCAGGAUCAGGCCAUCCAGGCCUACUUCGCGUGCGACAAGGACGAGGAGCUUGCUGCCAACUUCCUCUUCGACCAAGGUCCCGAGGAGGAUGAUGACAUGCCCCAACAAUAA